GGUCGAGGGGAGCUGCCCAAGCUGCAGGAUGGGAGCAAGAUCACCUUCCACUUCCAAACACUGAAGGAUAACUUCGAGAGGACAGUGAUCGACGACAGCCGAGAAGCCGGCAUCCCCAUGGAGAUCAUCGUGGGCAAGAUGUUCAAGCUGGAGAUCUGGGAGACGCUGCUCAGUUCCAUGAGAGCCGGGGAGGUGGCCGAGUUCUGGUGUGACGCCAUCCACACGGGCAUGUACGCCCUGGUCUCCAGGGGCAUGCGGAGGAUCGCGGAGGGCCGGGACCCCCUGGAAGGGCAGAAGCACCGCUGCGGCAUGGGCAACAUGUUUGACUACCACAGCACGGGCUACGAUGACCUGGACGAGUUGCAGCGGACGCCGCAGCCCCUCAUCUUCAUCAUGGAGUUGUUCAGGGUGGAAGAGCCCUCGGCAUACAAGCGGGACACCUGGGCCAUGAGCAAGGAGGAGAAGCUGGCGUUUUUUUUCAACCGCCUCGUCCUCCGCAAGGAGUUUGGGCAGGCGGCGGCGAAGUACCAGGAGGCCGUCAUCUGCCUGAGGAACCUCCAGGCCAAGGAGAAGCCGUGGGAAGACGGCUGGCUGAAGCUGGAGAGCCUGGUCACACCGCUGGUGCUCAACUACUGCCAGUGCCAGCUGGAGCUGGGCGAGUACUACGAGGUGCUGGAGCACACGACGGAGCUCCUCCAGAAACACAAUGACAAUGCCAAGGCCUAUUUCAAGCGGGCGAAGGCCCAUGCUGCUGUCUGGAAUGAGCGGGAGGCGCGGGAGGACUUCCUGAGGGUGGCUCACCUCGACCCCUCCAUGGCGGCCGCUGUGAAGAAGGAGCUGAAGCAGCUGGGGGAGAGGAUGAGGAAGAAGCACGUGGAGGAUCGGAAGCGCUACCAGGGGCUCUUCCAACCAUCUCAGGGGCCACGGGCCAGCAAGGGGCAGGGGAGCAGGGAGGUGGGCGAUGGGGAGGUGGGUAACAAGGUGAUGCUGCGGGAAGAGGCACCCCAGG